AUGAGUUUGGAUACAUGGUGUUCCUUUGACAAGAUAACAGGACGUUUCAUCUCUUCUGGCAUCGCUGCUCUACUAAGUCCUCCACCAACUUUGAGCACACCAUCCAUCAACACUGGAGGAAGAAAAGAAACAAGUCAGCGUUACAUCAUAUUCUCUGUUCCUCUUCCCUUUUUAGUGCUUAUUUCACUUAUCCGAGUCGGACAAGCUCAAGCAGUGUUUAAACCAGUUCUGUCUGUGGAGCCGAAUUCACCUCAAAUAUUCAGAGGAGAGACGGUUACACUUACAUGUAGGAUUUCAGGAGGAAAUGGAUCGUACUACUGGUACAAAGAUGGUGGUUAUAGUCACAGAUCUGCUGAAAAUUACUACAUUAUAAAUGUAGGUCAGAGUCACAAAUACAGCUGUUACGGGUCUAUUGAUGGACGGUUCACGACAGAUAGCAAUGAAGUGUCUCUCUCAGUGAUCGAGAGACCAAAAGCUGUUCUGACUCUGCAGCCUGAUGGACAGAUAUUCAGUGGACAGGAAGUCACUUUCACAUGUGAAAUACGAGGACAUGCAGACACUGAGUGGAUGUACAACUGGAAUAAAGAUGGUGUCCAAAUAUCCUCCUACACUGAGAGCAGGAAAUAUUCAUUCACUCCUGUAGAGUCUCUCGGCGCUAAAUACACCUGCAGUGGACGGAGAAAAAGCGACUCUCAGACCUCAGAGACCAGCAACACUGUUACACUCACUGUGUCAGAAAAACCCAAACCGACUGUGAGAGUGAAUCCUCAGAGCUCCGUCUACACUGGAGACAGAGUUACUCUGAACUGUAAUCUGCUGUCUAAUGGAUGGACUUUUCUCUGGUACAAAGAUCGAGUCCAAGUAGCUGAAGACACCAACACACUCCAUGAUACAGUCUCUAAUGCAGGAGAAACAGUGUAUCAGUGUAAAGCACGCAGAGGAAACUACGACUCAGAGCUCAGUGAUACAGUUACAGUUACAGUUAGAGCGCUCCCAAAACCUGUGGUGUCCAUAAAUCCUGAUGAACAGGUGUACAGAGGAGAGACUGUCACUCUCAGAUGUGACAUACAGGAUGAAGAGGACUCUGACUGGAUCUACAGCUGGAAUAAAGAUGGUUCUGGUGUCAGUAGUGAACAGGAGUACAGAAUCAGUAGUGCUGAAACAUCUCAUGCCGGUAAAUACACCUGUAGAGGAAGAGAGAGAGGAGGCUCACACUCCUCACACACCAGUGAUGCUGUUACACUGACUGUAUCAGAUGCAGCAGAGGCAGUAGUGAGUGUGUCUCCACUGCGCUGGCUGACUGAAGGAGACUCAGUGACUCUAAGCUGUGAGGUUAAACACUCCUCUACAGGCUGGACAUUCAGCUGGUACACAGAGGUUCCCUCCAGAGACAGUCAGGGUUCCCUCAGGUACAGUACAGCGCUCCUCUCAGACAGCAGCAGAAGAUCUGGAGGCUCCUACACUCUCAGUCCUGUUACUGUGAAGCACACAGGAGUUUAUAUGUGCAGAGCAGAGAGAGGAGAACCAGUCUUUCACACACGGGACAGUAACCUACAGCCACUGUGGAUCACUGCAAGUGAAUCUCCUCCAGUGUCUCUGAUCAUCAAUCCCAGCAGAACUCAACACUUUACUGCUGACUCUCUCUCACUGAGCUGUGAGGACCAGAGUGACUCUACUGGAUGGACAGUGAGAGGAUACACACACAGUGAGACAGUGUCUGAUUGUUCGUCAGUUUCAGGAUCUACAUGUAACAUCAGCUCCCUCUCUACAUCACACACUGGAGUUUACUGGUGUCAGUCUGAAUCUGGAGGACGCAGUAAUCCUGUCAACAUCACAGUGCACCAUGGUCAUGUGAUCCUGGACAGUCCUGUCCAUCCUGUGACUGAGGGACAUCCUCUGACUUUACAUUGUUUAUCUCGCAACUCAAAGACCUCAGCUUCUGGUGUUGAUUUCUAUAAAGAUGGUUCAGUCCUGCAGAACAAGACUACAGGAGAGAUGACCAUCAGUACUGUCUCAAAGUCAGAUGAAGGUUUCUACCACUGUAAACACCCAGAGAGAGGAGAGUCACCGAAAAGCUGGGUUUCAGUCAGAGACUCAGGGUCUGGAUCCAGUAUUGAUAUAGUAUUUGUGGCUGUGGGACUGAGUUUGGCCUUGCUGUUCAUCAUCCUUUUACUGAUCCUGCGUUGGUGGCACAAAUCCAUCAAAGGAAAGGACAGAGACAUACAGCAGAACAGCAAUCAGACACCAGGCCAGAACCCGAGUCAGUCAGGAGCUGAGGAUUCUCAGUCAGGACACACUCCACUUCAGACCGAUGUGCACAUUUAUGCCGCUGUGGAGAACACAAGUGACUCUGCAGCUGAACUCAGUGGGGCUGUUUAUACACAGGUCAUGAAGAAAAAGGAGUCAUACAAGAAUAAAGAUGAUGAUGCUGGACUCAGUGAUGUGAUUUACACUGAGCUUCAACUCAUGCCACAGAAAAAAGCAAAGAAAAAUCAAGUGAAGGCCAGUGUAGAGUAUGAAACUGUUUACUCACAGCUGAAGCAGAGCACAUAGGUGCUGGAGGAGUGAACACACAACUGAACAGACGAGAGAGAGAGAGAGAGAGAGAGAGAAGUUCAUCAUGGGGGGGGGGUUAAGAACGUGUGUAUGGACAGCAUUAAAAAGUAGUUACAGGGUGUAUUUUAUUGAUUACUUGUGCCACUAUUAGGACUGGUUGUAAAGCAAAAGGAUUUAGUAGUAAUAGUAAGAGUAAUAAGUCAAUGUGACUGAACUUUUAUUCUUGAAAAUGUUUUUUCACUCAUGUGAGGGGCUUCAUCAUGUCAUCUGUGUGCAAUUCACACCUACAGAACUGAAAGUCGUUAAGAUCACAUACAGAGAUACACUGAUGUAUUUUCCACCACACGGUACAACCACAAUCUCCAGCCUACAGUUAGAAAGAU